AAACAGCGAGACUACAUUUCCCAGAAUGCCACAGGAAGAGACAGCUCUGUUUCCGUUCCUGAGAGAAGGAAGAGCCGAGUAGAGAGGAAAGCCGACCCGCUGGCUGACUGUCCCGACUCUCUGGGCAACGGCCCUGGUCUUGGUGCGGUCGGUGCCUGCGUCGCCCGUGGGCUGUUGGUCGAUGCCGGUGGUGGCCGCUGCGCCGGUUCGGGGGGGCGAUGCUGCCGAGGCGCAGCUCGCUGACGGGGCUGGCGGUGGGGCUGUUCGCCGUCUACGUGGCGCACACCUGCUGGGUGAUGUACGGCAUCGUCCAUACCCGGCCCUGCCUCGCUGCCGCCCGCGACGCCGACGGGAACGAUGGCUGUAUCCGGCCAUACCUGGCGCGACGGCCCAAGCUCCAGCUAAGUGUUUACACGACCACACGAUCAAACAUAGGCACAGAGAAUAAUAUUGAUCUGGUUUUGAAUGUGGAGAAUUUUGAUGUUGAGUCCAAAUUUGAAAGAACAGUUAAUGUGUCUGUACCAAAGAAAACACGGAAUAAUGGGACUUUAUAUGCCUACAUAUUUCUCCAUCAUGCUGGAAUUCUGCCUUGGCGUGAUGGCAAACAAGUGCAUAUAGUAAGCCCUCUGACUACAUAUAUGGUCCCUAAACCAGAAGAAAUUAAUCUUCUCACAGGAGAAUCUGUCACCCAGCAAAUUGAAGCAGAAAAAAAGCAGACGUAUGCCCUAGAUGAGCCUGUCUCACAUUGGAGGACCAGGCUGACCUUAAAUGUCAUGGUAGAAGACUUUGUCUUUGAUGGAUCCUCUCUCCCCGCUGAUGUACAUAGAUACAUGAAAAUGAUUCAGUUGGACAAGACGGUGCAUUAUCUUCCAAUAUUAUUUAUUGAUCAGCUAAGCAACAGAGUGAAAGAUUUAAUGAUUAUAAACCGUUCAACAACAGAGCUACCACUGACAGUGUCAUAUGAUAAAAUAUCCCUGGGAAAACUGAGAUUUUGGAUCCACAUGCAAGAUGCUGUGUACUCCCUACAGCAGUUUGGCUUUUCAGAAAAAGAUGCUGAUGAAGUGAAGGGAAUUUUUGUGGAUACAAACCUCUAUUUUCUUGCUUUGACGUUCUUUGUAGCAGCAUUCCAUCUUCUCUUUGAUUUCCUUGCAUUCAAAAAUGACAUCAGCUUCUGGAAGAAAAAGAAGAGCAUGAUUGGCAUGUCUACAAAAGCAGUGCUUUGGCGAUGCUUUAGUACCGUGAUAAUAUUUCUUUUCCUCUUGGAUGAACAAACAAGCUUGUUGGUGCUGAUUCCAGCUGGUGUUGGGGCAGUGAUUGAGCUUUGGAAAGUGAAGAAGGCACUGAAAAUGACAAUUGAUUGGAAUGGCCUGAUGCCGGCAGUUAAGUUUGGUGCAUUUACUGAGUCAGAAAAGAAAACCGAGGAAUAUGAUACCCAGGCUAUGAAAUAUUUAUCAUAUUUACUGUACCCAUUGUGUAUUGGAGGUGCAUUUUAUUCAUUGCUUAAUAUCAAAUAUAAAAGCUGGUAUUCAUGGUUAAUUAACAGCUUUGUCAAUGGAGUAUAUGCUUUUGGAUUUCUAUUUAUGUUGCCGCAACUAUUUGUAAAUUAUAAGAUGAAAUCUGUUGCACAUUUGCCCUGGAAGGCAUUCACAUAUAAAGCAUUCAACACUUUCAUUGAUGAUAUUUUUGCAUUUAUUAUCACGAUGCCAACAUCUCAUCGGCUGGCAUGUUUUAGAGAUGAUGUGGUGUUUCUGGUCUACCUUUACCAAAGAUGGCUUUAUCCUGUGGAUAAGAGCAGAGUGAAUGAAUAUGGAGAAUCCUACGAAGAGAAGCCGAAAAGAAAACCCCACAAAGAAUAACUUAGGAUAACUCUGGGAGUCUCUUUGGACUGAUACUGGCUGCCUAUGUUGUCUGGCUUGUAAGAAGAGGCGAAGCGAAAGAGUAUUCUUCAAAGCUUAUGACAGAACUUCAUGGACGAUAUAUCAUCUGCAUUGCCAAAAUAUGUUUUGAUUGCCUUUGGAUCUAUCUUCGUUGUUAUAUUUUUUGUGUUCAAGAAGUCUGCCAAUAUUUCUGCCAGGUUUGAUUAACAUUUUGAAUUUCAGUACAAGUUUCUGCAUAAAUAUUUGUCUCUCUGUCCUCCUUAAUGUCUUGAAUCCUCCAGUAACUGGCGGUGUGGUUGUAUGCAUUUUAAAGCCGCUACUCGGGCUAAGAGAAAUAGGAGCGUACUGUGAAUAAUUAUAAAAAGGCAACAAAAGUGGGGAGUGGGCCAACCCUUGACCUUCAAACCUUUCUGUUAAGAAGCUUUUGUACUCAAUUGGGCCAAUCCGUGGGCAUGAUCCAGCCAUAUUUAAGCCCUUUUAAAUCCCACUUAUUUCAGUGCAACAAAUUUAAGUACAUGUUUAUGUCACUCUUUGAAAUCAUGUGGAUUAAAAAAAGUGCUUGGCUGGAUUGUACUUCUUGGUUUGUAUCACCUUCCCCACCACAGGCAUCUCAUUUUUAGACAGAGGUGCCAUCUAUGCUUCUCACAGUGAAACUUGUUAUUGCUGUAGAAAUGGGCUGAAAUAUUACCAACAUACAAAGGCACUUUAACCUGUAUGUACCAAACACGUCUAAGCUGACAUUGGACACAGAAAGUUUGUAACUUUUUAAAAUACAUUUUUCAAAUGACAGAAUCUUACUAGCAUAAGUCCAAUUGAGCACAUGCAACAAGUAGUAUUCAGUAGGUUUUUGUUUUUGUAGAGGGCAAAACACUUUCCUUCAGCCCUAGAGUUAAAACUUCUUCAUUCCUCCCAAACUAGAUUCCCCCCCCCCGGGUAAGACCCAUUACACUGUAAGCAAAGACCUUUUAAAAAAAUGUAAAUAUUUGCAUGACACACUAUUGUGCCAAUUAUACUUCAUCAGGGAAACUGUAGACCUUUUUUCUUGUAUAUCAACAUAUAAUGAUGGGGGAAGUUGCUUAAAGCAACAGGUAGAAAACAGGCAUUGGAAGAGAAGGAAAUUGUGUUCUAAAUCUGCUGGUAAGGGAAAUUAAUUUUCCAGUUGCCAUGAUUUGGGAAGGGGUUUGGUACAGGGGCAUAAUCUGUUUCAACUAUCCUUUUAGAAAUUUGGAUGCUGUGUUUUAUUAAUCAAAUAUUGUCACUACUUCUCUUGAAAUGUAAUUUAUUUUAAGCAUGUUCAAAUUGCAAAUGAAAUUGCAUUAUAAAAGAUCUUCACAGCAUGAUAUUUAAUAGAGCUACAACCCUACAUGCCAUUUUGAGGUUUAAUCCCCACUGAGUUCCAUGGAACUUUUACUUUUGGAUAAAAAGUUUGGAAUCACAGUUUUAGUCCCCCAGUCCAGAACUCUGUGAGCACUACAUAACAAACAUGGACCUCCUGAGCAAGCAGGUGAGGAAACUCUAUGCAUGUUGGACCAUUUGCCCCCACCCCAAUUCAGUGGAUUGAGGCGUAGAACUGCCACCUCACACCCAGCUGUGCAUGCUGAAGCCCAUUGACUUGAAUGAGGCUUGAGCAUGCUUAAUAGUGAUCUUUGUUGCUGAAAGGUAUUGUUCAAUAUUGCUGACUAUGCGUGUGUGUGUUCCCCAUUAUAGCAUCCAAAAAUCCACUCGUACUUGAUUCUCUCAGACAGCAUUAGGUUGCUUAGUUUUGAGAUACCAGCGUACUUGACCCAGUAACUUUUAAAAUGUCAAUAUUGGUUCCCCAGAACUCUUUCUUCUGGUAAGUUUACUUUUAUUUCGGAACACAGAACUUGGAUGAUUAAAGGUGGGUGGGAUGUAUGCAGCUUCCAUAAAGUAGUUCUACGACUUAUUUUUUCAUUGGAACCAUUCCCAUGGAAAUAAUUGGGCCACAAAUGGUUCACUUUAGUUGGGUGGUGCUGGCCGUUGUCUUCAGCUUUCAGUUUCAUGUAUAUCUGGAUGCUGAAGGUUUCUGAAGUAGUUUCCAAAAUCUGAAAUACAAAAUUUUGGUAACUUUGUCUUUCAACAUUCCUUCCUAGCUGCAGUUUCUCUGGCAAGCAGUAAUAUUUCGAAGUGCUAUCAAGUGCCUUUGUAAUCAUUCUUUUUAACUAUUCUUUUAUGUCAUAAUUAUCUCAUAAAUUAUCUCCAACAGAAAUGGUCAUGCUACUGUGUUGAAUGUGAACUUUGACUGGAUUAGACCCAUAUUUUAAUUCCCAUUUAUUUCAAUGGAAAAAGAUUACGCACUUAAAAAUCAUAGGCCCUAAGUAUACUUAACUUUGACUGGAUUCCUUAUGUUUUUAAAAGCUCUUCAAAAAGGAAGAAGAUCAUAAACCUAAACUUCAAAUAAAUUAGACCAUUCCCUUUCCAAACUGGUGGAAGCUUCCUAUUUUGUGUUUAAACUAUAAAGAAUAACCUCUUGGCAGAAAUAUUAAUAUCACAGGUUCUUUUUCUGGUUGGUGUCUAAAAGUACAGAAUAUCUGUGCUUAGCUGAAUAACUUGCAGUGCAAAUAUUGUUUUAUUUCAAUGAACAUGUUUUAUUUUUAAACUUGAAUGAGGAGUAUACUUGGUAACAUUUAAGUGUCUUGUCAAUUCAGAGAGGCCUGGUUAGUCUCCCAUCCCAGUCAGUGAUUUUGUUUCUUUCAUUCCAUAUAAAAUAAAUGUUUAUGGGUA